GCGGAUGUUAAAGGGGAGGAGAGAGUCCGCCGUGACCUCCGAUUACAUUUUUUUAAAAGGGGAGUGCGCAGUGGAAAGGAAAGGAAGGGCAGGGAGAAGAUCAGUACUUUGCAACUGGCUCUUAUUUUUGCUUGCGAUGUCUUCAAAGGGAAAGAGAAAGAGCUCCAUUUCAGCUAAAGAAAGAAGCAAGAAGCAAAGGAAAGCCAUCGAUCUUGAUUUGAAGAUGAAGAUCAUCAAAGCGUAUGACACCGGAAAGAAGGUGAAUAUUAUAGCACAAGAAGAAGGGCUGGCCCAUUCCACCAUCUCCUCUAUUUUGAAGGAUAGGGAAAGAAUCAGAGAGGCGAUGAAAGGUUCACCAGGAACAAAAGCAGUUAUAACAAGACAGCGGAAGGGGCUCAUCCACGAAAUGGAAAACCUCCUUAUACUUUGGAUCGAAGAUCAGGUACAAAAGAGGAUGCCAAUUAGCCUUCUUCUCAUUCAGGGUAAGGCACGCAGCAUUUUCGAAAUGCUCAAGGGACGAGCAGGUGAGGAGUGCACCGAAACAUUCACUGCCAGCCGUGGCUGGUUUAUGCGGUUUCAGCGAAGAUUUAAUUACCACAGCACACGCAAGUCACGUAAAGCUGCAAGCACUGAUGAAGCUGCCAAACAUUUUCUGGAUGAACUUGAUGAUAUUGUUGCAAAAGGGAACUAUUUGCCUGAACAGAUAUUCAAUGUGGACCAAACCUGGUUAUUCUGGAAAAAAAUGCCAGAGCGGACCUAUAUACACAAAGAGGCCAAAGCAAUGCCUGGAUAUAAAGCAUUUAAGGACAGAGUAACCUUGCUGUUGGGUGGAAAUGUCUCCGGAUUCAAGCUGAAGCCAUUUAUGAUCCACAAAUCGGAGAAUCACAGUGCAUUCAAAAACAUAUGCAAACACACACUGCCCGUUUAUUACCGAUCCAAUCAGAAGGCUUGGAUGACACAAGUCCUCUUUGAGGAUUGGUGUAUGAAUUGUUUCAUACCCCAAGUAAAAGAAUAUUGCUCGCAAAACAGAAUUCCUUUUAAAAUUCUCCUCCUCCUUGACAACAAACCUGGACAUUCCCCGCAUCUCAACAGUCUCUACCCGGAUGUAAAGGUAGUUUAUCUACCCAAAAACACCACCUCUCUCCUACAGCCUAUGGACCAGGGAGCUAUCACAAUAUUCAAGGCGUACUAUUUACGUGCAGUGUUUGCCAAAGCCAUAGCUGCAAUGGAGGAUAAGACGACACUGCGUGAGUUUUGGAAAGGCUACAAUAUCCUCCAUUGCAUCAAAAACAUCACAGCAGCAUGGCAGGAUGUCACUGUGAAAUGCAUGCAAGGGAUUUGGAAAAAGUGUUUAAAAUGUUUUGCUGUUCUUGUAAACAAUUUUCAAGGAUUUGACCAUAACAAAGAUAUGGAUGAAAUAAAUAAGGAAAUUUUGACACUCAUGAAAUCCCUUGAUUUAGAGGUUGAUGCUGAAGAUGUGAAAAGUUUGAUAGCCUACACUGAGGGAGAGCUUUCAAAUGAAGAUUUAAUCGAACUGAAAGAAGAAUUGGAAGCACGAGGGGCUGUGGAAGAGGAGGAGGAGGAGGAACCAGAAGAAGAACCGGAGGCGGAGGAAGAGGAAGAGGAAGAGGAGGAGGAGGAACCAGAAGAAGAACCUGAAGAAGAACCAGAGGAGGAGGAAGAGGAGGAGGAGGAACCAGAAGAAGAACCGGAGGUCCAGCAGGAUGGGCCUGUUGCAGGUCCCAUCUAUGAAGCAGUGUCAUCUAAGAGGAUCCAGAAGAGGUCCCUUCUCUAUCAUGAGCCCUGCCCUCUGGAACAGUCUGGACUGCUGGAGAGUCUGGACACCUGGCUUCCCCAUAGGCAGCAGCCCCAAAGGCACCAUUCAGGCACUAUGCAAGCUCCUUAUUGCUCUUGA